UUGUUAUUGUUUGCGGUCAAAAAAGAAAUAUCUUCAGGAGUUUAACAUUAAACUCAAUGGACAUAAUAGCGCUUCUGCUGUUUGUGAGUGGUCUGUGUGUGAGGGCUCUGACUUCAACAGAGGACAGCUGUGGACAGCGGACCCUGGUCGCCCCCCCUGGUGCGUCUCGUAUAGUGGGGGGCUGGGAGGCUUCUGAGGGGGCUUGGCCCUGGCAGGUCAGCAUCCAGAUCCAGUCCAGGCAUCACUGCGGGGGGACGAUCCUCAACAGCCUCUGGGUGCUCACUGCCACACACUGCUUCUACAAAUUCCUAAGGAUCAGAAGGAGUCAUUUCCGUGUGGUGGCAGGACUUCAUGUGUUGUCCGCUCCAGGAGAUCAAACCCAGAUCCGCUCCAUCAGUGAAGUGAAAAUGCACGAGGACUACAAUGGCAGAGCGCAUGACAACGAUGUGACACUCUUGCGCCUCAGCUCUCCCUUCAACUUCACUGACUACAUCCAGCCGGUCUGCACUCCUCAUAAUGAUACUCACGAGUUCAUCCUUAACUUCAGCCACUGUUUCAUCAGCGGCUGGGGGAGCGCCCAUUACAAAGGCAGGAUGAUGAACAGACUGCAGGAAGUUGAGGUGGAGCUCAUUGACAGGAGAACAUGCAACCUGAUCACCUGGUACGACGGCCUCAUCACUGAAAACAUGAUCUGUGCUGGACUGGAGAGCGGGGAAGCUGAUUCCUGUCAGGGUGACAGCGGCGGCCCCCUGCAGUGUUACAGCGAGGACGAGGACAGGUUUUAUGUGGUCGGGGUGACGAGCUUCGGGCACAAGUGCGGACUUCCUCACAGGCCGGGUGUGUACGCCAGAACCAGCAGGUUUGCAGGUUGGCUGAAGACGAGUCAGACAGCAUCAGCUGCACACAGACUUCACACGAGACUGAUCUCAGCUCUGCUCAGCGCUGCGCUCGUGCUGCUCUGAAACAUCCAGUCAGCAUAAACAUCACUGCUACAUACAUCCGACUGUUUACAUGUUUUUGCCAUCUGGAUUGGUGAUGAGAUGUUCCACUUACUCAUCGUGAAUGUUUUUAGUUUUAACAUCUUUAACGGGUCAGGGUGAUGAGUGCAUCUACGAGAACGUGUCCAUGUGACGGGCUCCAACAUGGAAACUGUAUUUUCUGCCAAAGUUAGAACAUCUUUUGUUGUUUCACAAGAGAUUUAAAUCUCUCAGGCUGGUGUUUAUCCUUUAGUUAAUCAGGAAGACUCAUCUUCUGGGUUUUGAGAGCAUCAAAUUCCAUCUAUUAACAAUUUAUUAACAUUUACAACAGCAGACUGCAUGAAUUAAAAAGAUUCAAUGUAUUAUUGGAUCACCAACAAUUGUAACUGCUUUAUUACAGAAACAACCUGGCAACUCCAGACUUAUGCAAAUAAAAUGGCAAGACUCUUUGAAACGCCAUCACAACUCCAUGAAACAAUGAAUGCCUGACAAAAAUACAUCAAAACAUGUCAAACACAGCAGCAUGGUUUGUGCAACGGUUAGCUCUGGUGUAAGAACAUAAGAUAAAACACGCAAAGCCACUAAUGCUUAGUGAUGAACCUGUCAGUUACACAAGAUACAUGUUUAGUAUUGUUAAAUAACCUUUUCCAUUAUUUGACAUUAUAUGAGAAGUGCUCAUGAAAAUUAUAUUUAAUGUUUGUAGAUGUGGUCAAAAUUGAAAACUGGGCUUAGAUGUGUUCAGAUGCAGUAGUUAGACUGCCACCCGGUGGAAAGAAGAUGCU